GAAAACACAAACACGGGAAGAUGAGUAGAAGGCGCCUUCAGCUACACUAUUCAUCUUCUGAGGAAGAGGGCGAAAGAGCAGUAGGAGCGAAAGAGAGGCAAGGUGGUCUAGCAGAGCCCACGACCACCGCUGCUACUACUACCUCUUCUAUCUCUCCGAACCCUAACACUUGCGACGGCAUCAGCACUGGCAAUAACCCUAACUUAAACUCCGCCUCGGGUGCUCCUGAUGAAAACCACCCUUUGGAUAUUUCCGACGAUGAUUUCUUCGACGCGCAUGAUGAACAUCAUGAUCUUCCUCCUCCUCCUCCGUAUUCCCGCCAAGAAGACUUCCUCGACUCCCCCGUAGAUGCAUUCCUCCGUGGCCUCGGGCUGAGUCUGCGCAGGGAAUGGUUGGAUUCAUGCAUUGCUGCUCUUCAGAGCUCUCGUUCUGAUUUCUCCAGCCUCGAUGUACCCAACAAAGCUAAGCUCUGUUUCGAACAGUUCCUCGUAUCAGACAUGAAUUACUCUGGAGGAGGUGUUCUCCCUCAAGAUGUGCAUGCUAUGCAUCUUGUUGAUUUGGGUGGGCCUUUCGUCUUGCAGGUUGAUGAGAUUGUUAAUAUCAGCUAUCCUCUUCGGGAUAGGUAUCAGAAUGUGCCUUCCGGAAUUAAAAGGUGCCUAAAACUAUCCAUGACAGACGGUGUGCAACGUGUAUUUGGCAUGGAAUACAGGCCCAUUAAGGAUCUCGAAGUCUUAGCUCCUGCUGGAUUGAAGGUUGCCAUUCGUAAUGCAAAUGUACGGCGUGGACUUCUAAUGCUGGUCCCAGAAGUUUUGGAAGUUCUAGGAGGAAUGGUUGAGGAUUUGGAUGCGGCACGCCAGAGGCUUGUCCAUGAAGUGAAUAAGCCACCGAGGGGAAAAAGAACACGGACUGGAGUUGUUCCUUCUUUAGCAACUAGAGCUACUCUUGCUGCUUGGCCUUCCAAUAAUGAUAACAAUCAAGGGAAUUCCAACAAUUCAGCAUCAGUUGGUGCAACUCGCUUACUGAGAUUGGACGAGGCUGCAGGUUCUGUUUUGUCUGUACCUGGCAGUGGUGCCCGUGAAGUAGCUAUGGAAGACGUUGCUUCCAGGCAUGCUCCAGAUGCUGAAGCUAAUAUGUCCUCUGAUGCCCUUUUGGAUGUUGAAGAAAUCAAUAUGAAUGAUGAAGUUGAAUGCCCACUCAUAUUAACUGGUGGCAAUGAGAACCCUUUUACGUACUUGUCUAGCUUAUUGGCAAAGUGGGCUGCAAAGGAGGAUGGUACACCUUUCGUUCAAGGAGUAAUUAAGUGUUUCUUGACUGGGGUGAAGCAUUUCCAAUUUAAACGGAGGGCUACUUUUGAGCUUCAGAUCUAUGUUGAAGAUGGUAGUCUCAUUUCUGAGAUCCUCAUUGAUCACAAUGUUGUACAGAAAGGAAUUGGUUAUUCUCCUGAGGAGGUUACUGCUGCUCUUUCUUCUUCAGAUGGUAAAAGAAUUAGUGAUAUGAAGGAGUGCAUGAAGCAGUUCCAGACUUUUUUAGCAAAUUUUGAGGGUACAAUGCUCGUAGAAAUAAACAAUACCUCUCCUCUCCCAGUUGCACUUGAGAUGAAUCAGGGAUAUUCAGCAUCUGAUGCAUGGUCGCUUCUAAGAAGACUGAAGUCCUCUACACCUGCUCAAACACUUCAGUGCCCGCAUCCUGAUCCAAUUGUUUUAUCCCCUUGACUGAAAACAUACUGCAGUUGGCAUCUGCAAAGUAAGAGGCAAAGCCAUGAUAGAAGCAUUGAUCAUUGAGGGUUCUCUUUGAAUGGAUUUUGGAUCUGUGCAUCCUGAGAAAUGAGUUUCAUGAGAAUAUCAGGAGCAAAAGUGCAUGAGGUUUCAGUGAUUGAUAUGGCCGACAAUCUUGAAGAUACAUUGACAGACUGCCAUGGACUCUAGUACGAUACAUCAUCAGCCAAGGUUUCAAAAAAUGAGAAUUGGAUUGGGUGGAUUGCUGUUCUGUUCUGGGAUGGUGGGUAUGAUCGGCAAUCACCCAUCCUGCCGGCACUUGCUCUUUCUCAAAGAUCAGCUCAUAUCAGGCCAGAUGGGUGGGCACAGAUCUGGUCUCCAGCCUUGUUUUUUUUUAAAAUCCUUGCCAUCAACUAUUUAUGUUCAGUCAGCCUUUAAUGGUGCUCUAU